AUGUCGGAUAUUACCAAGAAGUCGGAUGUCUCAGGUUACGCCCAAUUGUCUCACUCGGCCAGCCCUGUUGCCAAAAUCUGCGACCCUGCGACCUUGACCCCACGACCUCUCGACCCCGCGACCUCUCGACCUCUCGACCCCGCGACCUCUCAACCUCUCGACCUCUCGACCUCUCGACCUCUCGACCCCGCUACCUCUCGACCCCGCUACCUCUCGACCCCGCGACAUUUCGACCCCGCGACAUAUGACCUUGCGACCUUGCGACCUUGCGACCUGUAG